UGCCACAUGAUGAACGCGAACCCCGUGCCAACCUGGAAAGUACGGAAAUAUCCUUACUUUCAUUUUCAGUUUUUAAUGCUGACUAACAACGACUGCUUUUCCGUGCUGUGCAUCAUUCACAAUUAACAGAAACGAUGACAUCCAUAGACAUCCGCCCGGAGUCGAAGAAACAGGUCGAUGACUUCUGCAAGCAACUUACCAAGGAGGCAGAGACCCUGCUCACAGGCUUCUUCCCUCAGAAGAUCGUAGAGAUGGAGAUGCUCUUGAAGAGCUCGCUGAGCCUGGAUAACCUGGUGACCCUGAAGGCUCCUCUGGAUAUCCCCAUCCCUGACCCUGUGAAGGAGGAGGCCAAGAGGAAGAGGAAGGAGGAGAAGGAAGCCAAGGAGGGCAAGAAGGGCAAGGAAGACAAGGAAGACAAGGAUGAGGAGGAUGCAGGUCCUCCCUGCGGCCCCAUCGCCUGCAACGAGAGGGUGGAGCGUCUGCUGAAGGAGAUCAGGCCUCAGAUCCAGACCCUCAAGGAGAAGCUCAACACAGUGUCCAUGUGGGUUCAGCUCCAGAUUCCCAAGAUCGAGGAUGGAAACAACUUUGGCGUGGCUGUGCAGGAGAAGGUGUUUGAGCUUCUGACCAACACUCGCACCAAGAUCGAGGGAUUCCAGACGCAGAUCUCCAAGUACUACAGCGAGAGGGGCGAUGCUGUGGCCAAAGCAUCCAAACAACCUCACGUGGGAGACUACAGACAGCUGGUGCAUGAGCUGGACCAGUCCCAGUACUGUGAGCUGAGAGUCGUGGUCCUGGAGAUACGCAACACAUACGCUGUGCUGUUUGACAUCAUCAACAAGAACUACGACAAGAUCAAGAAGCCCAGAGGAGACAGCAAGGCCCUCAUCUACUGAGACACACACACUCCAGAUGUGUUCAUUUGAAAUACCACUGACGAUCUGAUAUAUAGAGACACUGACUCAGUAGUGUUUAGAUUCACAUUUUCAUUUCCCCAGCCGUUAGUAAAUAGUGCUGUAUUAACCAUUAUCAGACUACAAAAUAAAUCUGUGAGAUUUCUUGUUA